AUGCUCGUCAAGGAUCUAGCGCGCGAGCUCGUGGAGAGCGAUCGCGUCAAGGAGGCGCUCGAGAACCUCAAAGACGCGUUCGCACGCGCGAAAAAGGAAUCGAGCGCGGACGGCGCCGAGGCGAAGGAGGUCCUCGCCGCGAUCGACGAGAUCGCGCGCGUCAUCCCAGCGGACGACGUCUGCGCGAGAUUCGCGCGCGCGAUCGCGCACGGCGAGUCGCCGUCGCCGUUCGCGCCGUCCGCGCGCGACGGCAAGUACCUCAAGCCGGUCAGACCCUCGGAGCUUCGAAUGACGUGCGUGGAGACGGCCGCGACGCUCCUCGAGGCCGGGUUCGCGGACGACGCGCGGUGGCGCGACGUCUUCGCGAAAGCCGUCGCGCGCGGCGUCGUCGACGACGGCGGCGCCGACGACGUCGUCGAACGCGACGGCGACGCCGGCCUGCGCUUCGCGACGGUUCACCGCGCGAAGCAUCACCUCGCGCGCGCGCGGUCGUUCGCGUACCGCCGCCGCGGCGCCGGGCGCUUGCCGCAGGCGCUGAUCGACGCCAAGGCGGGCGUCGCGUACGCGCCCGACGGAGAGAAGACGGGCGCGGGCGCGGGCGCGAAGGCGCGUCUUCUCGCGUCCGCGCUCGAGUCCAUCGCGUCCUACGUUCCGACCGGCGACGUCGACGCGGACGCGGCGGUUCAACGGAUGAAGCGUCAUGUCAUCGUCCCCUCCGGCGCGUUCGCGAACAUCGUGCACGACGACCUGAUCGUCGACGCCGGCGUCGCCGCCGCGGUGGAACACAAGCGCGCGUGGCACCUCGACGGCUCCGACGUAGAGCACAAAAAUAACGCGCGUCGGUGCGCCGUUACGUACUGCCCUCCCGCGCUGCGCGACCUCAUCUCCUCGCCGGAGGUGUCCAUCGAGACCGUGAUCGAGUGGCUCGAGAAGGACAAGCUCGCGAACGCGCCGGAGUACGUGCGACCGAGGCCCAAGUACGCGCGCUAUUACGAGUCGAUGCGAGAGCGGAUCCGCGAGCACUACCCCGAGCUUCCCGCGCCGGUGAUGGACAAACUGCUCGCCCUGGACGCGGGCGAGCUCGACUUACUUCUGCAGUACCCGACCGCGAUCAGAGGCCAGACCGAGGAGUUCUUGGACGUGUACCGCGCCGAGGGCGGGACGUACCUCGAGACGUACAAAACCCCGGCGCUGUCGUGGAAGGAGGUCAAGGCGAUGAAAGGCGAGGGCACCGUCGGUCUCGAAGCCGCGGGGCCCGGGUCCUCGGAGGCGGCGAUGUUCAAAGACGAGGCGCCGCUGUUCGCCGCGAGCGACUCCGACGACGAGGACACCAACCGCGCGAUGCUCGGCGCGAGCGGCGACGACGGUCUCACCGCGGAAGAGGAAGCCGGGCUCGUGUUGAACGCGUCCGGGACGCUGAACGCGCCGGCGUUGCCGCCGGAUCAGCUGCGAGUCGCGAGUCACGCGAGCGAGGCGAAGAAGGAAGCGCUCGGCGCCAUCGCGGAGGGCGACAACGGCGACGGCGACGCGGCGACGUCGCGGCGGGUGACGCGCGCGCGCGCGGUGCUCGAGGCCGUGAAGCCGUCGCCGCUGGACGACAUGGACUGA